AGAAAUGAGUUUCUCUAUGUAAAGAAACUUGGUUGGGGUCACAUGUUCUCAAACCACCUUGUUUCAUUUCAAUAAGGUUAAGUUACAUGAAUUACAAGGACAACAGCAUCAAAUGAUAAUGGCAUUAUGAAGGAAAUGAAUGAGGUGCGGUGAGGAGAUACUUUUGGGUUCAACGUGUAAACAACCGUCUCUUCCAGUUUCGAUUUCUUUUCUGCAUGAUGAUGUUUAUAAUUUAUAAUAUUAAUUCACAUUCUCAAACUGCUGUUCAUUCUCUACCAAUCGUCUCUGACUCUUCUCUGUCCACAGUUCAGUAGUGGCCAUGGCCGUGGAGGUCCUGGUGUCCCUGUACGUCCUCGCGGUUCUCUUUUCAAAGUCCGCAGCAGACUCUCACAAAGACUCACCCGGUCUCUCUUGCGUGAAUGACUUUGUGAACAACGUGAGCUGUACGUGGGACGCCUCUACAGGGGCUUCUGGACUGGACUGCUGGAUCGUUGGUAUGAAGAUAACCUGGAUCUACAAGAACCAGGGGAGACAUGAGGGAACGAUUAUUCGAAACUGCAAACUGAAACAACACCGGAACUCUCCAUCAGGAUGCAGUUUUGUCUUUGAAAAUGAUGAGUUCAACCCUUUGAAUACGAUGCCCUACAUACGAGUGGAGUGUAACGGGACGACGGUGGAGAACAUCACAAACUACUCACCAUUCGAUCACAUCAAAAUGCAUCCUCCAGGCGUUCCCAAUGUCAGCUGCACGGCCAAUGAGACCCUGAUAUCCUGGAGGCCCGGGGGCCCUCCGUCCAUCUUCCUCAAAUUCUUUGAUUUCCAGGUUCAGAUCAAACAGAAAAAACAGUCGUGGGAUGAGUCCAGCACUCUGUUCACACAAGAACAAGAGCUGAUGGUGGAUGCUUGGAAAGUAACGGGGCCCUGCCAGGUCCGGGUGAGGGUCAAACCCACUCUCAAGAAAAGCAGCCACUGGAGCGACUGGAGUCCAACAACAUCUUGGCAGGGUGCGACAGACAUGGGGCCAACAACACAGGACGAAGAGGGGGUUCUGGGCACGUUAUCCAUGGUGAGGCUUGUUGGGGGGUUCUGCUUGUGUAUCUUCGUCAUCGUGGCGCUGGUCCUCUACAGGAGGUGUGCGAGCAGAGGGCUCCUCAAAGGGAGGCCGGUACCAACCCCUUCUAAAUAUUUCCACACUCUCCACUCUGUACACGGAGGAAAUGUAAAGGAAUGGCUGAAUCCUCCGUCGGCUCCUGAGUCGUUCUUCACAGCCCAGCUGUGCGACAGCAUCUCCCCGAUCGAGAUAUGCGGAGGCUUGGACGUGGUCCCCACCACCUCUUCCCCCUCCGGCUCCACCAGCGCCAUGCUUCACUUCAGGAACCACCCUCCGGCCGGCUCGGACACCAGCGGGGUAGUUGCCGAUUCCUCCUCCUCUUCAUCCUUCUUCUCCAACAAGGGCUACUUCAUAUCCAGCUCCUCCGGCAGCGUAGCAACCACUGGCCUCAGUCUUGCUUACUUGGCCUAUUGCAACGAUUCCAGCAAUCUUCGCAACACCCUCAACCUCCGCCUCUCCCUCCACCCAUCGCUCAAUGGCCAUCCAACCUAUGAGAGCUUGAAGAGGGAGCCGCAGAGCCCAGACUCCGGUUUAGGCAUCGGAAAGGAAGAUGAAGACGGCAAUGAAGACGGAAAUGAAGAUGAAAGGUUUGCUAAUGUGGAAGAGAAAGGGGUCUCAGAUGAUGAGCCGAGCCCCGCUCUUCUCAUUCUCCCUCUUCAUCUUCCUUCCCAGAUGUGCCCGCCCUCCCGUGCUCCACCCACACCUAACGCUCCCACCCUAACUAUGAUACCCUCUGAGAGCCAACAGGUGGAGGUAGCUGUGGCUGCUGCUAAUGGCCAUUAUGCGGCCUGGCCUACGGCUGGUGCCAUGUGCAGGUCUUCCUCGAUGCCCGUGGAGCCCUGUAAGACAGGCUACCUGACACUGAAAGAGCUGCAGACGACAUUCAGCAAUAAAUCUAUCUGAACCACCUGUAAUGUUUACCUAAAAUAGUCCCUCUUAUUAUGAAAUGUGUUCACAGCCGGACUGACCGGAUUUGAUAUAUUUAGGCUAAAUGAACAUAAUUCAUUUCUGGCAUCCAAAAGAUACUGAGUAUUAUCAGUAUUUAUAUUAAGCGCGAUUACUGUAAAUCCAUUAUUAAUCAUCUGCUUUGCUUCAGUUUCCACCAGCUACUUGGUGAAAGAUUUGACCCCUGAGCUGCGAGAUGUUCCACCUUCUUGUUUGCUAUACUGGACAAAAGAACAGUUGCCCGCUGGGUCAUUAUUUAGCCAGAACAUAAGUAGAAUAUACAUACGUUGAACUGUAGGACUCCUUGGUCAGUAAGUGUGUCAAAGCAUUGAGUUUGAAGUUACUUUAAAAUAUAUGCAAGUAGUCUUUAAAAAAUACACAAAUAUAGUUUUGCUGUCUGUUUUUCAUUUCUUUAAAUUAAGUUUAACAAAGAACAACAAAAAUCAUUCAUUUCUGCAGGCAGAUUUGGGAUUUUAAAAGCAUGAUUUAAAUGUAUUUUGACAAUGUAAAUAUUGCUGCAUUACUUAUAAUAUAGAAAAUAUGUAUUUAUUAGAUUGCUAUUUCUAGACCUCUGGAAAUCAUUGAGGUCAGCGAUAAUGUAGCUGCUCUGUUCUCAUGGUGUAUAAUUCUGAUGCACAUUGACAUCUGUGCAGAGACCGAGUCAAAAUUAAAAAAAAACUGCUCGAAGAAAUGGGUCAACCUUUGACUUCCUGUGUCGUUGUGGAGUAGCGAACAAGGGCUGGGCAUGUGCGAUGUGAGAGUGUGAGGCGACAGAAUGAGUUGUGUGCGUGUAGUUUUCAGUGUUGACAUGUCCUGUCAGGUGGUCCCGGCGGUGUGUGUGUGAGAGUGAGAAUGUGUAUUAGAGUGUGGUUUGACAUUUAGCUACGAUGGAACCAGCGACAUCCGUUCAUCUCACAGAGAAUAUAUGAUAUUUAGCCAAGUCAGGGAGAAAUAACACAGAUGUCGCUCCUCACUGCUCAGAGUUUCCAUUCAUGUCACAAAAGAGCUCAAGGUGUUAUACACAAAGAACAUCUAGACACUUUAGUGGACUGCACACAAAAGUAGUGCUAUUUUUAAUCAAUAGAGCACUUUCAUUUUCCUGCUCAGUCUCUUUUUGUGUAUGGUUGGCAUCUA